UCAUUCUGAACGCAUCGUGUUUUGAUAAACUAACACAAUGGGCGAUAAUUUUUUCGAUAAUGUGGAUCCUGCCGUGUUCCGUUCGUACGUAUUUUGGAGCUCGGUGUUGGUGCUGAAGAUGCUUGUCAUGUCAAUAUUGACGGGCAUGAAAAGACACGCGAAAAAGGCUUUCGCAAAUCCGGAAGACUUGAAGAGUGCCAAGGGUGCCAAAAUUGUCCUGAACGAUCCGGAUGUAGAGCGUGUUCGAAGGGCUCAUCUGAACGAUUUGGAGAACAUUCUACCAUUUUUCACGGUAGGCUUCCUGUACAUGUUCACUGGACCUAGUGUGGCACUCGCCACAAAUCUGUUCCGGCUGGUUGCCAUCGCAAGGAUUGCUCACACCUUCGUUUACGCCAUUUUUGUGAUACCUCAGCCGGCCCGCGGUAUUUCGUGGAUGUUAGCAUACAUACCAACCGGGUUUAUGGCAGUUCAAACAAUACUGGCGUUCAUUUGAAGGAUGUUAUCUCCAUCAAACUGAACAAUAAUCUAUUGGAAGUGCACAAAAGCUGAGUCAUAUCCAGCUAAUAUCGCUCUAUUGAAAAAAUGGCCUUCCAAUGCACGCCUCGCGAAUCACUACUGAAUGUUUGGUAAUGUAUUUUCCUCUGGCAUCGCAGAAUAAAAAACAACAAGU